AUGGCGUCUAAGCAACGAAGGUGUUAUAGUUCCAAUACUCAACAUCGCGGGAGAGCAAUCAUGCGUCCUAUUAUUUCCAGUGAUAUCAUGGGAAAUAGAAAUGUUGAGGUUGUUCCCGUUGGCGCUUGGGUAGAACCAGCCGAUGAUGACUAUCAGCCAGAUGCUCUUAAAGCAGCCAGGAUUGAAGAGGAAAAAAUCCGUCAAAUGCAGAAUGAAAAAGAAAAUCGGCUUCGAAAAUUUCAACAGCAGACAAGGCAUCGUGUGAAUAAAACCAACUUGCUAAAGCGGCAGCAACAGAUACAAGAGGCAGAACAGGCUUUUGAAAUAGAGCGGAAAGUUGUACAGCAGUCGUAUUCAACUGGUGGAUUGCCCCGGAAAGACACAUGCAUGGUGAGACAGGAUCUGGAUUUGGCUAUCAGAAAAAGGCUCUUGGAAAAAUAUGGAGAAGAUGUUAGCACCUGGGAAAAAGACCAUGUACCAGCAUUACACUCCCACACAGAAGAGAUUCCAACAGCAAGAAGUGUUGUUGAUGCCGAUCUUCCAGUUUCAUACACUACACAUCAAAAACAAAGAAAUGACACUGAAGGAGAUGAUAGGGUCAAUGCUGACAUUGAAAGAAAUACGGACAAAGACCUUAUACCUGAGUCGGAACUUCAGGAUGGUGACAGAAACAAUAACCAUAAAGAUGCAGAGAGUACUGAAGGGGAGACUAAGGUACAAUUCACAGAUCAACAUUCAAGUGAACAGCACAGGCAGAAGAAGAAGAAACGACCAUGGUCACCACGGCGACCCAAGUCAGCUCAGAUGGCAGCCAUUUUGCUUCGUGACUCUGAAAGUGAUGUUCUUGCCAGACAGCGUAGACACCAAGCGGCCAUAGCUAGGAAGAUUUUCAUGGACAGGGAAAGAGAGACUGUCAGAGAAAACAUUCGAAGACAGCAGCACAGGAAAAAAAUUGACAUGUUGAAAAAAGAGAAAGAAAUUUACAGGCAGGAGCUGGAGGAGAUAGCUCAUAAGAAUUUAUCACCAGCAGACUCUGUCUCUGGGGAGUCAGCGGAAGACUUGAAACUGCAAGAACAAAUGGAAGCUUUACAAGUUCAGGAAAUAGCCAGCAAACAGAAAAAUGCAUUGAGGAAAAUGCGAGAGAUGAAAAGAUACCUGAAUGCUUUACGUCACACCUUGCUGGAGAAAGUGACGCGGCGAGGUGUUCAGCUUCCGUCACUUUGUGCUUGCGGUGACACUGUUUGGGACACACAUCCAGAUACAUGUGCCAACAACUGCUUCUUCUAUAAGAACCCCAGAGCAUAUGCUCGUGCUCUGCAGUCAUUACUUUCAUCAGCUGAAGUUAUGUGA